CUAGUACAGUCUUUUUCCCCCAUGACGUUUCGUUUUGACAACACACGUGUGAGCGCAUUUGUUUCUUCGAAUAUAAAAAUUAUUGUUGAUUUCAAAUGGUCUUGAACUGUGCAAUCGUGAAACAACAUAAAGACACAAUGAAUAAAGCAGACAAAAACAAGUCAUCCGGACAUUUCAAAAUCCACAACGUUGGAUUUUACCAUCCAGCACCUCGACAAAUCAAAUGUUUAUCUUAUAACAGAAGAACAAGCAAAUUAGCGGUUUCGAGAGACGAUGCAUCAAUCGAAAUAUGGGACAUGCAAUCUGCUGUUUACAUGGAAAAGUGUAUUUUAGGAGACCCGUCAUGGUCGGUGGAAGCGUUGGGUUGGUUGAACAAUAGACUGUUUUCUACCGGCCUAACUGGAGAGCUGAUUGAAUGGAAUUCGAAAACAUUGAAACCGACGCCCAAAGCUACGCUAACUGGUAAUGGGGCAGGGUGCAUGGACAUUCAUAAUGCCAAUGGAUGCAUUGCUAUUGGAACGAAUGAGGGCUACCUGAACACAUUUUCCGUCGAAGGUGACGAUAUUAAUCCGUCAAAACCAUUCGAUCAGCAACAAGGCCCUAUUCUUUGCUGUAAAUAUGAUUCGACGGGACGUUUUAUAGUUACGGGAUCAACUGAUAUAAUUCGAGUAUGGGACGUAACAAAUGGUCAACCCAUAUAUAAGAUGUCGCCUGGUCGAGCAGAAAAGAACAGAGAAAUUAAUGUGUGGUCGCUGGUCGUACUUAAAGAUUUGACUAUAAUUGCUGGAGAUUCCAGGGGAUUCAUCACUGUGUGGAAUGGCAAAAAUGGAACACACAUUGAUUCAAUCAGUAAUGCCUUAGAUGCUGAUGUCUUGACUGUAGCCGUAAACGACGAAGAAAAUAUGUUUUGCUGCUCUGGUGUUGAUCCAAAGAUAAAGAUUUACGCUGCCAUAGAGAAGCAGGAUGGUGCUCCACGUAAAUGGUUGCGUAAUUUUAAGAGAUCAGUCCAUGACCAUGAUGUAAAGGCGCUGGCGUUUGUUGACGAAAAGAAAAUCAUAUCGGGUGGUGUGAAUGGCUAUAUAAAUGUGUCAUGCACCACCAAAGAACUUAGUUUCAAUCAAACCCAAUACGGUCCAUUUUUGCCAGAGCCAUGCGCUGUCGUUGCUGUGGAAGCAAGAUUGCUUUUGCUAAAAUACUUCAAUUAUUUCGAGGUUUGGGAGUUGGGUACACCAAACGAAAUUAUUCAGUUGAGCGAAGAGGACGGCAACCAGAAAAAAUUCUUAUUUAUGGACAAAAAUCAAAAGAGUGUGGUCCAACUGAAGAACAAAAAUGGCAAACCAAUUACGUGCGCUAGCAUUUCGCCAAACGGAAAGUUUUUGAUUUUUUCCACCGAAAGUAAAUUGAAGCUAUUCCAAUUGGACACACAGAUACAAACAGCAUCACUAGCCAAAGUCAAAGUUACGUCGGAUAAAUUCACUGCAUGUGCUAAGGUUUUGUUCUCAUCAGAUUCAAAAUACUUGUUUUGUGUGAAGGAUAGUGGAGACAUCGAAAUAUUUUCAUUGUCGUAUAACGAUGAUGUUGAUUUCAAGGCAACAGUUUCGACGGAAGGAGUCAUAAAAGAUACCAUCCGUUUGAUUUACUUGUCAAAAUGCGGAAAAUAUCUCGUCUGUGUUGGAACUUGUGGAACAACAGCGGUCUGGACGAAUAAGGGCAAUCGAUGGAGUUAUUUGAAACAGAUUUCAAAGCAAAAUUGUGUACCUACUGCUAUAGCCAUGCACAGCAAAACCAACAGAAUCGUUCUUGCCUUCGCAGACUACAAGAUUUUCGAAUAUGAUCUGACCACAGAUACCAUCGUUUGUGCAUCGGACGCCUUCUUAAAGGAUAAGCUUACACGCAGUUUGAAAAAUUCGACUGAUAAAGCGAUCAACAACAUACUAUUGGAUGAAAACAAUGAAAAUGUCGUUAUACUGCAAAAUGACUCAUUCCUGUUUGUGCUGGAAAAAACCAAGGCACCUACAUUAGCAAAGAAACUGAAAUCAGACCAAUCGAAAGACUUAACAUCGGCGGAGCACUAUAAACUGAUUACACACAUGGGAAAUUAUGAACAUUUCGUACACAUGGCUUGGUUAUCGCCGAGUGAAAUUGUUGCCGUUGUUGUAAACCCGGUAACACUAAUUGAACAGUUACCUCCAUCAAUGGUACACAAACUGUUUGGAGUAUCAUAAGGCGGAAAUGUAAUUAAAUUUAAUGUAAAUAGGUGAAAAUAAAGUGAAGUACCCAACAAUGUACUCUUUAAUGGGGUUUCCACAGUGUUUCAAA